AGAUCAUGGUCAAGAUACUUUUGUUUAAGUUACCUAAACUUCCAAACGUUUUUCUUUCAGAAUUUUUAAGUUUUGAUAACGUUUGAGAAGCAACAUAUUGUUUAUUUAAAAUGGCGUUGGCCGCAUAACCUCUAAGCCUGCUGGUGCCAAGCAGACAAUUAAGAUGAUAUCAUUUGGCAUCAUUUCCUUUGUGUAGAAAGCACGCAAUAUGGGGGCAGACGAUGAAGUACAUACACAUUCAACAACAGUUUAUAAAUACAGGCAAGUUUUGUUUAAGCUUUUUGGUGAUGCAUUCCUUACAACAUCCAUCUGUUAUGAAAAUUAAACAUGGUUUUACUACAAUUAAAACAAAGUUACUAGUAAAUCCGUUACCACAAAAUCAUGGUUAUUAAAAACCAUAGUUAAACCAUAGUUAGUGUAGUAAAACCGUAUGGAGAUUCUGUCAUCUGCGCAUUCUUUCAGUUACGUGAGUUGCGCAGCCCAAGUUCACACAUGUAUUCACUUUCACUUGAAGUCUGCAGAGUAUAGUCAGAGACAACUGUGAGUAUUUGAAUACUUUUUGUAUGGUUUUACAGCGCUUUGAUCUUGUAUGUCGGUUCAUCCAGUAAAUAUGAUCAGAUAUGAGAUGUUCAGUGUAUUCAUGCGUGCUACUAACAUUCAAUCAAAACCGCUAUUCGGCUAGUGUUGCGCUUUGGUUUGCUUAUUUAUGCUACAUUUAGACAGUUGGUUUAUCUUGAUGGUCGUAUGAGAAUGUAAUAAUAGGACGCAUUUAAAUCGCAUGUGUCACGACUUCUAAAGUAAAAUGCAAUUCUGGAUCUAAUUGGUAACUACAUGGCUUAUAAGAGAAAACACGCAAUCAAUACUUCAACACACAAAAAAUAUACGUUUUUGCUUUUUGCCUCUUAAAACUUUAUGGUUUAGCAGCAGAUAAUGAACACAGGAGAACUUAAGUCACUAAAUGGAGUAAAACUUUUUUAAAUGUAUUAAAGUAUUUAAAGUAGAAAAUAUUUACAUUUGUUAACAUAAAAUAGAACAUUAUUAAGAUAGAACAGUAAGUUAGAUGGAAGGGAAGGGAGAAGGAGAAAGGUGAACCCAUUGGACCUUUGUACUUAACUCGAUUGACUCUCAAAAUAAAAUUGAUGAAAACAAUAAAGAGUGUGUGUUAAAAAAUGGAUUAAUUUCAUGCUGUUUUGGCAGAAUCUUAGGACUGUUUCGUUCUUUCAUUAAUUGAUUAACGAAAAUAUGCAUCAGUGGCAAACUCAAAAGCUUGAAUCAAGAGACAUUUGAUCACAUGUUAACCUCAAAGAACAAAUAGGAAAUUCCUGUUUCCUGUGUUCCACCUGCAUGACAAUUAGAACUUUUGAAUCUUUUGUGUUCAUUUUUUGUUAUUGUUGUUGCAGUUUUCUUUCUUUGAAGUGUGACCGGAUUUUGGACAGGUUGCAAGCCAGCAUUAGGGAACAAUCAGUUUACUGUAUUUUGAAUUCAGUAUUAAUAUUAAGUUGUUACGAAUGAUUUACAAUGGACAAGUUAAACUCUCCGAAAAAUGGAACAUCAAGGUACAAAAGUUGUCAGUGUGUGGGGGGUACCUUUUCAAAAAGUACACAUAUUGGUACCUCUAAAGAAUACGCUGGUGUUAUAAAUAUACCUGAUGUUAUAUAAAUAUACCUACAUAUUAGGACCUUUUGAAAAGGUAUCAUCCCAAUGACAAGAAAGUACAACUUUUGUGUGAGUGUAGGUUCAUUUGGCCGUGAAAAAGUUAAAAGGUAAAUCCAGACAAAAUGUAGCAAUAAGUACUGUAAACUUAUGAGCUCAAAAAAGUUUGUUCUAUAUGCAAUGAAUGUGUGUAGUAUGAAUGAAAUCCGGGCAUACUACAUUUAUCAUGUUGUCAUUGUCACAUACUGUUUCUUGCCUACUAUUAGGAAACUAUGCAGUUUCGGAUGCAGCCUUUAUAAAAAACAAGCUGCGCCAGAGAUUUGUGGGAGAAUCGUAAGAUCGAUAGGUGAUCAGUAGUAAACAAACUGCAUUUAAAUACAUUAGUUAUAAAUAAUUUAAGAAAAAUGUACCUAAGAAAUGUAUAAUUUCGGCAUUUAAAGUUUUGGAAGGCUCCAUUCGAGUGAAGUCACCUCUGCCAAUAAUGCCCCCACCCCCAAAUCAAAUAUGCACUCUGCCCUUACCAUGCUUACCUGCACGUCAUGUAUAUACUUGAAUGUCACUGUAAUACACUGUCCUUGUUUCCAUCUGCACUGUAUAUCAUUUCAUGUAUGUAUGUAUGAAUAGUUUCUUUUGUUGUCUCUAGUGAUCACUGUCCUUUAGGUAUGAGUAGCACUGGGGUCCUGUGUCCUUUAUUUUAGUUUUAGCAGUGUUUGAGGUACUACUACAUUUUAUACCUAUUCAGUCACAAACUUGGGUAGAAUUUGCUAUUGAACAUUAGGUCCAUGGUAGGUAAAUUAAACAUACUAAAUUGAAAUAUUUUUAGCUUUUUAAUUAGGUUGUGGGUUUCAUGUGACCCUGUCUGUGAGUUUCCUAAUCAUGAGGUCAUAGCAGCACAAAAAUUGCAUUUCAGUCAUUGUCUUCACAUUGAUUUCAAUCUUUUCUGUCACCUUAGCUGGGUUUUCACAGACAGGGUCACAUAAUCACCUCAAUCAGCUAGCCAGGCAGUAUUGACAGGGCAAUUUAUUAGGAUAAUAAAAGUUGCUACCUGUCGUGUCAACAAAACUGACUCAUCAGAAAUGAGUGUAGAUGUGAAUUAUAGCUUUAGCCGUGGCCUUUAGUGAGGUCAGACUCAGGUGCACCCUCACCUAGUGCACUGCACAUUCAUAACAGUUAAUAUUUAAACAGGAAAUACCUCAGAGCCUUCAGAAUCGAUCACUUUCUGAUCAAAGAUUUUGUCAAAAAAGUCUUCAAUAAUUUGUUGGUUUGAAUUGCUAUUGAAACAGGUAAAUUUUUAUUUCUAUUAUCCCUACUAAUUUUUGUUAUUUCUAACAUUAUUUUAUUGCCUUGGACUUUUUGUGUUGAUGUGAAGCCUUCUUCCAACUCAAACUCAAUCUUGGUAGCAAACUUUAUACAGUUUCCAAAAGCUGGUUAUCAAUUUACUUCAUCACGAGCUUAAAAGAACAAAUGGAUUUGGAAGCAACAGUCAACAGGGGGUGAGAGAGGAAGAGAGAAAAUCACAGAAAGAUAUACAAACGGGUUAAAACCUCUGCUCAUCUUAACCUUUGAGCCUUGUAAAUUUAUUGAUGUUACUCAGCAUAAGGACAUAAGGGCUCUGAAGCACAUGUUCACUGGCGUGUUGAGGCAUUCAGAGUUAGUCUCACAACAGCACUGGUGCUUUCCUCAUUAAGUCAACUAUCAGUACGAAAAAUGAAGGAGUAUUCACCCUCCAUAAACAAUCAAAAUGUGAAGGGAGUUUCUUUUAGACAAAGAAACGAAAGUGAUACAUGGGCAACAGCGUCAUCUAGGACCAUGAAUGGGUUUCCAGAAGGGCCUCCUGUCCUAGAUUACAGAGAGCCAGAACCACAUCCUAAAGGGCACAAGUACCAGCACAGCCUGAAAACUCUCAUCCCAUUCCGCUUCGCAUCAAAUUCACACCCACUUGAUGAUGCUGGUUUCUUCUCCUUCACAUCAUUUACAUGGAUGACGCCCAUGAUGUGGAAGCUCUUUAGGAAUCAAUUAGAUGAGGACUCACUUUCUCUCUCCCCUCAUGAUGGAGCCCACAUCAACGGAGAUAGGUUACAGAGGCUGUGGGAUGAGGAGGUCGCCCACAAGGGCCUGGAGAAGGCAUCUCCUGCUGCCGUGGUGAUGCGUUUUCAGAAGACGAGAUUAUUAGUGUCUUUCUUGUCCUCUGUCAUAUUCUCCUUAGCUGUAUUUUUUGGUCCGUCUAUUAUAUUGUACGAAAUCCUAAACUACGCAGAGGAUCCGGAUUCAUCCACGGUGUUGCGCGGUGUAGGUCUGUGUGUGGCCCUGUUCAUCACAGAGUUCUGCAAGGCAUUUUUUGCUUCACUCUUGUGGGCCUUGAACUUGCGUACCGCUGUCAGAUUAAAAGGAGCGUUCUCGAUGCUUGCCUUCAGGAAAAUCAUAUCUCUCAGGACACUUUCCAGUAUCAGUAUGGGAGAGACGAUAAACGUUUUGACGAGUGAUGGCUAUCGAUUGUUUGAGUCGGUCUUGUAUGGAACAUUUCUGCUCUGUGUUCCUGUGCUGCUGAUCAUAUGUAUCAUAUACGCCUGUGUUAUUCUGGGAUACACGGCAUUGAUUGGAAUUCUGGUGUACCUGGUCUUCAUACCUAUACAGUUCUCGGUUGCUAGACUGAUUGCUGUAUUUAGAAGGCGGGCCGUAACUGUGACAGACAAGCGUGUUCGCACAAUGAAUGAGAUUCUGACCUGCAUCAAGCUCAUUAAGAUGUACGCGUGGGAGGAGUCAUUCGAGAAAACAAUAACAGAUGUUAGGAAGAAAGAAAAGUCGCUGUUGGAAAAAGCUGGUUAUGUUCAGAGUAUAAACUCCUCUUUAACAGCGAUAGUGCCCACACUAGCAACCAUCCUCACCUUUAUCGCCCAUACAGGACUGAAACUGCCUCUUGAACCUUCUACGGCAUACACUAUCAUCGCUGUAUUCAACUGCAUGAGGAUGUCUAUGGGUUUGUUGCCAUUCUCUGUUAAAGCUGUUGCUGAGGCUAAAGUCGCCCUGGUUAGACUAAAGAAACUUUUGAUGGUACAGAACCCAGACAGUUAUCUCACCCAGAAUAAGGAUUUGAAAUCAGCGUUGGUCAUGGACAUGGCCUCGUUCAGCUGGAGCCUGCCAGAAAAAAACAGUAACAGUGAGCAUCUUCAAGAUGUCUCUCAGGGCAACUCGGAUAACAAACCAGCACUCAAAAACAUCAGCUUUACUCUACCCAAAGGAAGUCUCCUUGGGGUGUGUGGCAACGUUGGAAGUGGAAAAACAUCUUUAAUAUCAAGUAUUUUAGAGCAGAUGCAUCUUCAGAGCGGAUCUGUGUCAGCUAAUGGAACAUUUGCUUAUGUUUCCCAACAAGCCUGGAUAUUUCAUGGGACUGUGAGAGACAACAUCCUCAUGGGAGAACCAUUUGACCAAACUAGAUAUGACCGUGCUGUUUUUGCUUGCUGUCUGAAACCUGACUUGGCAAUGCUUCCUUAUGGAGAUCAGACAGAGAUUGGAGAGCGAGGUUUAAACCUUUCAGGUGGUCAGAAGCAGAGGGUUAGUUUAGCCAGGGCUGUAUAUUCUAACAGAGACAUCCUCCUAUUGGACGAUCCCCUAUCUGCCGUAGAUGCCCAUGUUGGAAAGCAUAUAUUUGAACAAUGCAUCAAAAAAGAACUGAAGGGCAAAUCAGUAAUUUUGGCCACUCAUCAGCUUCAGUAUUUAGAGUAUUGUGAUGAGGUGUUGCUGUUGGAGAAUGGUGAAAUAAAGGAGUCUGGAACGCACAGUGAUUUGAUGAAAGCUAAAGCCCGCUACGCACAGCUUUUCACUAAUGUCCAGCUGGAACAGAGCGAUGACAAGAAAGAAGAUGAUUCCAAUAUUUACAUUGAACCUGAGGACUCAAAACAUACCAACUUAGAUGAGCCCAAACUCAACGGAAUUGAUAACCAAGCUUUCGACAUGUCUGAUGAGAAAAUUAAAACAGUUGAGUCUUUUCCCAAAGAAACAAAAGGCAAGAAGGAUCAGUUAGUAAUUCAGGAAGUGUCCCAGGAAGGAUCAGUUACAUGGAGAACCUACCACCAAUACUGCAAAUCUGCUGGAGGGUAUAUACUGGUGAUAUUUGUUGUGCUGCUCUACGUUCUUCUUGUGGGCUCAACUGCUUUCAGUAAUUGGUGGCUCAGUUUCUGGUUGGACCAGGGUUCAGGGUCGGUAAACAGCACUAAUACAUCAACAGACGGUGGUAAUAUCUCAGACAAUCCAAAACUGUCAUUUUACCAACUGAUUUAUGGGCUUAUUAUUGUUGCCAUGCUAAUAUUCAGUGCUGCAAAGGGCUAUGCCCUUACUAAAGUCACUCUGCACUCCUCUUCCAAACUCCAUGACUCCAUGUUUAAACGGAUCCUUGGCAGCCCGAUGAGUUUUUUUGACACAACUCCAACUGGCCGCAUGGUGAACCGCUUCAGUAAAGACCAAGAUGAAGUCGAUGCAGUUUUGCCGUUUAACGUGGAGCACUUUUUGCAGUUCUCGCUGAUGGUCACUUUUACCAUCCUCACCGUUUGUAUAGUGUUCCCAUACCUCCUGAUCGUUGUGGUAGUGCUUGGAAUCAUCUUUGCCAUAAUCCUAUAUAUUUUCCAGAGGAGCAUACGGCAGAUGAAGAGGAUGGAGAAUGUGAGUCGCUCUCCCUGGAUUUCUCUCACCACCUCCACCAUACAGGGACUCAGUACCAUUCAUGCCUAUGACAAAAGACAGCAAUACAUAGAACUGUUUAAGGUGCUGAGUGACACAAACUCAAACCAUUUCCUGUUGUUUAAUUGUGGGACUCGCUGGCUCUCAUUCUGGUUAGACUUCCUGUCUGCUACCGUUACUUUAACAGUGGCAUUGUUCGUUGUGCUCAGCCCCAAUGAGACCAUAAACCCUUCUCUGAAAGGCCUGGCAUUAUCUUACACAAUACAGUUAACUGGAAUGCUUCAGUUUGUGGUGCGGUUAUCCACUGAAGUGGAGGCAAAGUUCACCAGCGUAGAAAGACUACUGGAGUACAUUACGGUUUGUGUAUCAGAGGGUCCUAGGAGUAUCAAAGAAGCAAACAUCCCAAAAAGCUGGCCACAGGAGGGCAGCAUAACCUUUAAAAACUACAGCAUGAGAUACAGGGAUAACACACCUAUAGUCCUCAAUAAACUCAACAUAAAUAUUAAGCCACGGGAGAAAGUCGGCAUUGUGGGACGGACAGGAUCUGGGAAGUCUUCUUUGGGUGUGGCACUGUUCCGUUUGGCAGAAGCAGCUGAGGGCACUAUUGUGAUAGAUGGUAUGGACGUCAAUAAGCUGGGCUUGAAGGAUCUUCGCAGCAAACUUUCUGUCAUACCUCAGGAUCCCGUACUGUUCAUCGGCACUGUCAGGUAUAACCUGGAUCCCUUUAACAAUUACAAAGAUGAACAGCUCUGGCAGGCUUUGGAAAAAACGUACAUGAAAGAUACGAUCGCCAAGCUGCCAGAGAAGCUUGAAUCACCAGUGGUGGAGAAUGGAGAGAACUUCUCUGUUGGAGAGAGGCAACUCAUGUGUAUGGCCAGAGCUCUGCUCCGCAACUCAAAAAUCAUUCUGUUGGACGAGGCCACAGCAUCCAUAGACUCAGAGACUGACAGCAUGAUCCAGCAAACCAUCAGAGAUGCUUUUCAGCACUGCACUGUGCUAACAAUUGCACACAGAAUCAACACUGUUUUGGAGAGCGACCGAAUACUUGUGAUGGAUCAGGGAAAGGCGGUGGAGUUUGAUCGGCCUCAGGACCUGAUGCAAAGGCCAAACUCUUUAUUUGCAUCCCUUCUAGCAGCGGCCAAUCACGUAAACACUUAAAAAAGAAAUGCUCACACAUCCAUAUAGUCCAAUGUAUAUUUGGAUUUGGUUAACUAGAUCUGAAUAUACAGAGUAGAGUGUACUGACCUCAGAGAUCCCUUUAAGCCAUUGUAAUACAUGAUAUAUCACAUACUGUAGCACAUUUACACUGCAAACAGUACACUGCAAUUUGCACUUGUUUAUUUUAUGUGAACUUUACAUUAAUACAGUGAUUUUUGUUGGAUUUAAGAGUUCUGGGGUCUUAUUUAUAAAACCUUACUAAAAGUCUACGUACGCACAAAAAUGGCAUACGGCAAAAAAUAUUACGACUUAUAAAGCAAAGCAAUGUUUUCUUUAUAAGUCACAGAUCACCUGCAAGUGUGCAUACAUGAAUCAUCCUCAUAUCCCACCCUGCAAGCCCAUUUUCCCAUCAAGUUUGUUUUUUAUAGAUCGCAACCUUUGCGUGGGAACUGUCUUUUGCACGUUUCCAACCUUGUUUUGUGCGUACGCACGCUUUAUAAACGAGACCCCUGCUCUGUAUGCAUAUUGUGUAUAAGUGAAGGAGAGGCUUUGAUCCAUAAAGCUUGAAACGUUCACUUCUGGUAGUUUCAUCAGAUGUAUAUAUUUAAAAUAUUUAUUUGAUUUUUAUAUGUAUUUGAAAACUAAGUAUAUGUACAAUGAAAUACAACUAAUGAUUUUUAGUAAAGUAUAGUCUGAUGUGUGUCUUAGUGAAAUCAGUAUCACAACAAUACAUAUUUAUAUUGAUGUACCCAUGUCAAUUUCACAGAAUGAACCUCAUGGUGCUCAGGGCCCUAACAUGAUCCCUCACUUAUCGUUAUAUAGUGUUGUCUUACAUUUUGAUAAGAAGCAACCGUGUGUUAAAUAAUCACCUCAGAGUAUAUUCUAGGCCUGUCUACGUUUUGAACACUUGGUGUCUCUAUCCUCCUAACUGCAAAACUUAUUGAGCUGCAGUUGCAUCAGUAGAGACACUAACUGAUGAAAUGUGUUGAAAUUCCAGCAUCAGCGAGCAUCUCAGACUGAUGAGGGAAUGAGGGAAUUAUUUGAGCUCAGCGAAGAGACAGCGCGAAAGACAUUAAUCAGAUAUCAGUAACUUUUUUUAUUGUCUGUGUCUAAUGCAGUGCUUUAAUACACUUAUAUAAGGACACUUUGUAUUUUUGUAUUUUGUGUACCAUUUACAAACAAAGUCUUGUUUGCACUUACUGUUUGUAAUGUUGUCCGGUUCUGCUAGUCUGUCAUCAGGUGCAGAAAUAAAGCAAUCCUUUGACUUUC